ACUUCAAAUCUCACCAAGAAGCUAUAUGUGGCUUAAAUUCACUAGGAAUCAAGAAAAAAUGGAAACCAUAGUGCCAUAACAAUGUGGUUACCGCCCAAAUCUGACCAGAAGUAAAUUGCUAGAUACUAUAAAUAGGACUUACAAUCGACACUUACAUCAUCAGCAGCGUAAACUCUGAUAAUAUAUAACUAGGUCUUCGGGCAUCUUGCAAGUUGGAAGCUAAAACAUCAGCAAUAUGGCAAGUGAUAUCAGAGGUGAAGUGAGCAAUAAGCAAGUGGUACUCAAGAACUAUGCCUGUGGUUUUCCAAAAGAAUCAGAUUUCGAAGUGACAACCACAACAAUAAAACUCAAAGUACCAGAAGAUAGUAAAAAUGCUGUUUUGCUAAAGACCCUAUACCUUUCUUGUGAUCCUUACCUCCGUGGUCGCAUGAGAUACACGCCGGUUACCGAUCCUGACUUCUGUUCCUACACCCUUGGCUCACCAAUAUCUGGAUUUGCAGUAGCUACAGUGGUUGAUUCGGGGCACCCUGACUUCAAGAAAGGUGAUCUUGUUUGGGGGAGGAGAGUAGGCUGGGAAGAGUAUAGUUUAGUUACCACACCUGAAUGCCUCACCAAAAUCCUCCAUAUUGAUGUACCCCUUUCCUACUAUACUGGAAUUCUUGGCAUGCCUGGAAUCACUGCUUAUUUUGGUUUCUUUGAAAUUUGUUCUCCCAAGAAAGGGGAAAGCGUCUACGUUUCAGCGGCAUCUGGUGCAGUUGGUCAGCUUGUGGGGCAGAUUGCUAAGUUGAUGGGUUGCUAUGUUGUUGGAAGUGCUGGUAGUAAAGAAAAGGUUGAACUGUUGAAGAGCAAAUUUGGGUUUGAUGGUGCUUUCAACUAUAAAGAGGAACAUGACUUGGAUGCUGCCUUAAAAAGGUACUUCCCCGAAGGCAUCGACAUUUACUUUGAGAAUGUUGGGGGGAAAAUGCUUGAUGCUGUGCUUCUAAACAUGAGAUUGCGCGGCCGCAUUGCUGCUUGUGGAAUGAUCUCGCAGUACAAUCUUCAUCAACCUGAAACCAUUCAAAACUUGACGAAUAUUGUUUAUAAGCGGAUUCGAAUACAAGGGUUUGUGGUUAUGGAUUACUUUGACCAGUACUCCAAGUUCUUGGAUUUUAUUCUGCCUUGUAUCAGAGAAGGGAAGAUUGUUUAUGUGGAAGACAUAGCUGAAGGACUCGAGAGUGGCCCUGCUGCUUUGAUCGGCCUUUUUAGCGGCCGCAACAUCGGAAAGCAAGUAGUGAAGGUUACUGAUGAGUGAUCAGUAUUCUUCAGCAUACCUUAGCAUUAUUUUUGAGUGAUAUUAAAGCAGUUUAAUAUUAUAGCCCUAUUUUUAGCAGCCUACCUUGAUCUUCAUCAGAAUGUUUAGACAUAUUAUAGAGAUGUAAAAUGUAGAUGGGAACUAAAUUUAUAGGAAAAUAAUUGAUUUUAAGAAAAUAUAGAUAAACUAAUAAGGGGUAAACAAAAAUGAUAUUAUGGUUGAUGUUUAGUUCUUUGAAUUUAUGUAAACCCGCAUUUUAGGUAUGACAAUAAGAGAGAUGGCUUACAUAUCUUGUUAACCUCUCUUUCAUGCAUGAUCAUAGACAAUAUCAGUUGAAGAUUUUCGAUUAUAAUGCCAUGAACAACUACUUUUUCUCU